AUGAGUAAGCAGCAGCAGCAGCAGCAGCAGCAGCAGCAGCAACAGCAGCAGCAGCAGCAGCGAGUUGUUGUGUGGAAGAAUUUGGUGUCUGCAUUUAGAGACAACUUUUCAAUGACAGUUGAUGAAGAGGGCACGUUGCCUUCAUCUCGGGUUUCAAAGGGGGGCCCCCCUGGGGGCCCCCCUCGAUGUGUAGAGACAGCAGAGGGGCCUCCAAUAACAUCUAAGGGGUCUAUGCUGCAGCAGCAGCAGCGGAGGCUGCAGCAAAAGCUGGGGGAGGAGGAGCAGCAGCUGCAGCAGCAGCUGUUGCAGCAGCUGCAGCAGCGGCUGCAGAAGCUGCAUCAGCAGCUGAACGACCGGAAGCAGCAUCUGCUGCAGCAGCAAGAACAGCUACAGCAUCUGCAGCAGCAGCAGAAACACGAGCAGCGGCAGCAGCACAAGCAACAGCAGCAGCAAGAGCAGCAGCAGCAGCCUUGGCUUCUCCAGCGCCCACCGCGUCCCCAGCAGCAGCACAUCAGCGGGAGGGAACAGCAGCAGCAGCAGCAACAGCAGCAACAGCAGCAGCAGCAGCAGCAAGGGGCUGCAUGCAGAGCGGAGAGGAAGGAGAGGCGGCCCUCAGCGUUGUUAAACGUGAAGGUCUCCAUAGACACCCUACCCCCUACAGGGGCCCCACACAAGCAGCAGCAGCAGCAGCAGCAGCAGCAGCAGCAGCUCAAGCGACAGCAGCGGAAGCAGCAACGGCAACAGCAGCAACAGCAGCAGCAGCAGCAGCCUCUGCAUGCAGUGGCUAGCGUGCAGCUGUUAGGGGGGGGAGAGCUGCUGGUGAGGCCCUACGAAGCAGCAAAUGCUGCUGCUAUUGAAGCAGCACUAAGAAAGGCCCCUGGCGGCUUUUCUGUCUCCAUCCAGCAGCAGCAGCAGCAGCAGCAGCAGCAGCAGCAGAAGGGUUCCGAUGGCAAGGCCAGAAUUUGUAAUACGCAGAGCGAUCCCAACCAGAGAGUGGCGCGAAGCGGAGGCCCGGAGGGCCCGGGAAGCAGCAGAAGCUGCAAAGGUGUCUCUGCGGUGAGUCCUCUCCAGCAGCAGCAGCAGCAGCAGCAGCAGCACAAGCAGCAGCAGCAGCACAAGCAACAGGUGCAGCAUCAACAGCACAAGCAGCAGCAGCAGUACAAGCAACAGGUGCAGCAUCAACAGCACAAGCAGCAGCAGCACGAGCAGCAACAGCAGCAGCAGCAAAAGCAGCAGCAGCAGGAUUCUUUUGCUGCUGCUCUUUAUGCUUGUAGGGGUUUGCGGCGUGAGGCCCAUCAGCGUCUCCGCGAGAUGCUGCAGAGUAAAAGUUUAGGAGAAGAUGAAGUACAGAAGACUCAAGCAGCAGUGGACCGCGAAGUGGAGACAUUUGUCUCCAAGGUGUCCAGCUGUCUCCAGCGCAAGCAGCAGUCUCUCCUCUCUCCUUCUUAA